AUGUACUGUGCUCAUCCUGCCUCUGGCACAGGCAACAACUCCAUGAUGUAUUGCUACAACAUGAAACCAGUGUAUGGGCAGUCUCCCACUAAUGACGACAUCAACCAGAACUUACCUUCACAUGCAUCCAACAAGAUGUCCACCAAUGUGUUCGCAAGCACCUUCUUUGAGGGGACGAGCAAUUCACCUGACAUCUGGAAUGCUGUAAAUGGGCUGAACCAGCAGGGCUAUGAAGGUGCACUGGGAGCAGCCACAACCCACCAAACACAGCCGGGGAGCUACAGCAGCCUGCAGCCACCACACAGUCACCUGGACUACUCCUCACAUUCAGUGAUGGCUACUGAUAUGAACAGGGGUCUUCCACCCAUGUCCACAUUUCACCGCAACAAUACGGCACCACGCACCCCAUCCAUCAACACCUCAGAGAAUUCAACAGCCUCAGGGAGCCAGGGAAACGGAUCAGGAGGGUCACAGACAGGCGCUACCUUGGGCAAAGCUCUGGCCUCUAUUUAUUCCCCUGAUCACACCAGCAGCAGCUUCCCCUCCAGCUCGUCCACACCAGUGAGGAGUCCGUCUCCACUGGCCAACACAGCCGAACCCGCAGGUUCUGACAUGUGGCCCCGGAGUUCAGUCCAAGCACCAGUCUCACCACAUUUUGAGUCUUCACUAAUAUCGAUGUCUCAGGUGGAGGACCGUCUGGACAGACUCGACGAUGUGAUCCACGUUCUGAGGAACCACGCCGUGGGCCCCACGUCCGGUCUGCCCGCCGACAUCCACGCCCUGCUGAACCAGAACCACCACGGCCACCCGGGCUCCGCCAACGCUCUGAACACCACCUGUCACACUCAAGCCAUGGUUGAAGCUGUCGGCAUGAACAACAACCUCUUGGCCUUCCAGGGCCGCACACAAAAUGGCCACCCGUACCUGGCCAGGCAGAGGGCCACUCUUCAGCCCAUGCAAGGUGGAGGAGGUGUGGGAGUUCCGGGUAAUCUGGAGCUGAAGAUGGAGAGCAGGGAGAGGGAGGAGAUGAUGCACAACAGCCACAGCCCCGACAGCCUGAGAUCAGACGAGGAGAGCGAACACAAAAAUCAGGGAGAAAACAGCAGCAGGGACAGUAAUCAUGAGGACGAGGACCUGAGCCCCGAGCAGAAGGUCGAACGCGAGCGCGAGAGGAGGAUGGCCAACAACGCCCGCGAACGUCUGCGCGUGCGGGACAUCAACGAGGCCUUCAAGGAGCUGGGGCACAUGUGUCAGCUGCACCUGAAGAGCGAGAAGCCGCAGACCAAACUGCUGGUGCUGCACCAGGCCGUGGCGGUGAUCCUGAGCCUAGAGCAACAGGUCAGAGAGAGGAACCUCAACCCGAAGGCGGCGUGUCUGCGGAGGAGAGAGGAAGAGAAGGCGUCCAUGAUAGAUCCGCAGUCCAUGCAUCUCGCUUUCCAUCCCAGCCUGAACGACCCAGGAAACCUCAUGGGCCAUCUCUGA